AUGAUCGAGCUUCUCCUGAGAGAAGGGGCGGAUGUCAAUGCCAUAUUCAAUGAGAAGACACUCAUUGAAAACUUGAUGUUUUACUACAACACCAUCCAGGUCUGCUUCAACAUUAUCAAAAUAUUCCUUAGUAAUGGUGCCAAUCCAAACAGUCGUCACUACCCAAUCGAGGGACGCCUCAAAUUUUGGUAUCCACUCUUGCACCUAGUAGUCCGUAUGGAUGAUUACAUUGGUAUAGGCCCUCGUAUAGAUCUUAUGCGCAGCCUACAGCGCCAUAGGGCUGACCUGAAUGCCACGGAUUAUCUCGGUCGGUCUUUCCUGGAAAUCCUUUCCUGGAAAAACAGGCCAUUCCCCAAGAACGAAUGGUACUGGCUGCUGAAAAAUGGAGCUAAGAUCAUGAAAUCAAUGAUCAGCACGAAGUUCCACAAGAACUCGACGACAUUUGCGGUUCCUAGAAAAGGCCAACUUUAUGGUCCGCAGUACACUGAUGAAGAUGAUGAAAGCAUGGACUCCCUGGACUUUGCAUGCUCUAUGGCCUACCACAUCGAGUGCCGACUGGGCCACACUAUCUUUGACUCUGAUUAUGAGAAUUCUGAUGGCUCCGCAACUUCUUUGGCUCGACGAAAGUUCACCAAAUGCCGUUACGGUGGGCUUUGUGACCGAUUCAGUUGUCACAAUGCUUUUCAAGUCCUAUCUGAACUACGCUUCCGGUCUAGAGGAUGGUACACGGAAGAAGCUGCAUCUGCCGCUGAGGAGAUGUGUCCGGGUUGGUUUUGUUCUUAA